AUGAAGAAGACUGACACUAUCGUGUUGGGGCCGAAGCCGACUAAAGCAUGCGUUAAUUGCCGCAGGCUGAAGAUGAAAUGCGAGGUGGAUGGAACCCCCCCAUGUCGUCGAUGCCGCCACACCAACACCGCCUGUUUGUUUAAACCUAGAUCCAAUGCCGCAGCUGCCCACGAGGUGGUAACCGUGCCACCGAGUGCCCAAAACACUGCCUUUUAUCAUCACCUAUCUACGCCUGAUCAAGAUGCGCAGUCAAUUCUGAGCCGACUAGAUCGGAUCGAGGCGGUCCUAGGUAUCAAUAAAGAGAGACCUACCACCGCCUCAGUGAUCGGAUCAGACCCGGAUGACGAGGUUGUUGAGGCGCCUCUCCCAGAGCUGUGGGCAGCUGCGAAGAACCUACGAUCUAUUACUCGCCCACCCCAAAACGAGGGCAUCUGGUCGCGAUCUAGCAUCAGAAGAUUAUGGGCUUCUUUUUUGGAUAAUCUGCCGCUUUUACAUUUUUUGAAAGAUCAAAACGCUUUUUCCUCACCUUCACCAUUAUUGCUCGCUUCUGUUCUCUAUAUAUCCGCGCUGCAUAGUCCAUCGCCCGAACUAACGUCGAUGGCCGGUGGGUAUUUUGUAGCCAUUUGCAGUGCGAUCGCCGAGCUUGUCAUCCCGAACCCUUUGCCUAACCUUCUUAGCCUGUCUAACACUAACCCAAGGGAUCACGAGUCUGGUACUGCAGAAGAGUCUCGAGUUUUCCAAAACAUCCUUGGCUUAAUAAUGGCUAGUCUAUGCUCAGAGGCUUUCGUAGAGACCACCGACAAGUGGAUCGCCAUUGCCUAUCGACUGUUGCUUGAUCAUUGUCCCACCGCUGCAGAUAGUACGACUCAAGAUUGGCCCGGUCUGUUCUCGGGGAUCCAGGUGAUUGAUAUUGAGCAUGCGUCGAUGCAUAUGUGCCACCCUCUUCUUCCUAGGCAGCCACCCACGUCAGCCCUCCAGCAAUUGAACGGCCACGAAGGGGAUGCUUAUCGUGGUCUCACACAGAUCAUGCAUCAUGGUCUCAGCCAUUUUGUUAGACGAGGUCUACCCACCAUUUGGUCCUUCGUGAGCGCCCGGGAACCCGACACCUUAUCUUCGGUGCGCGCACCUUUCACGGACGAAGACUCCCAAGUCAUAAGGCUUUGGGCAAAGAAACUGGAUGACUGGCUGGUUCGGUACAACGGAACUUCUCAACCGUCUCCAUCAGACCGACAAGGAAUUGUCAUUCUUUUACAAUAUCACCUCCACAAAUUAUACGUCCUAUCAAUAUAUCAUCCUGCACGAGGAUUUGAUCUUUCUUCUGCAAACAUUACUCCUGCGGAAAGACAUGAGUUGUUGGUGUCAGCUCGUGCCGUGUUACGACUUCGUCAGGACGACGCCAGCAUAUGGUCCAACUGGGAUCUUAUAAUGAUAACUUGGGCUGCGCUGCUCCUCCUGCGUGGAGUCGAGGAUGGGGUAACGCAUCAAGAUGACCUUCGUCUGAUUCAAUCUCACCUCCAAAGCCUAAGACUAAGCCAUCCAUCUGCACUGAGCAUUCAUGCUGUUCUGGCAGACCGACUACAAUCAGGGAUCCAAAGCAUGAACACCCCACCUGAUAUGGGGCCCGAAUUGUCCUUCCCAGGGCCGCAUGGAGACUAUUCCUGGACCAUAUUCGAUCAAGAAAUAAUGUCCCUUGCAAACCCACCUUGGCUUUUUGAGGGCGCUUCGCUCGCGUCGGUCCCGCCACAACUUUCACAACAAUCGCCAAUUCAGUCCGUGGCUUAUAACAGUAAUAUGGCGGCGGCUGGUCACCCCAAUAAUUUCCCUGCUAGCGAGCAGUGGGAUCAUACAGCGCAGGUAUCGUCGGUGCGGCCCGCGGGUUUCAAUCGAAUGUUUAGUCAUGAGAAUGUAACGAGGGAUAGUAGCAACUAUAUGAUGUGA